GUCUACUGGAACUGGAACUGGAACAUGUCUGGCCUUUUCUGUCAUUGAUUGGAUUGGAUGCCUUGCCAAAUGACGAUGAAUACGCUUCCUCACUUGGGAGGCCAUGAAUUCCUUGGCUCGCCCUUGAGGUUAUGGCAUGGCAUGGUGGCAGACAGCAUCCACAAGCACUUUUUAUCUUCUUUUGUGGCGUUUGGGCUGGUUUCACUGCUCGCUGGGGCCCGCCCGCGAGAAGAAAGACGACACCAUUUGUUGGUGGAUUUUUAGUUAAUAAUAAGGCGAUGCCAUUUGUUGGCUGUGUACUCCACUCCACUUUCUCUUCCGCCCCCAACCUUGGAAUACUCCGCCGGCCGCCGGCCGCCGACCACCGCACUCCACAUCCACACCUGCAGACUGAUUCUCUUCUCCCUUCUUCCGGUAACUGCAGGCACUUGAGUUUGUGAUCAUGUGCUUCAAGUAGUAUUGCUGACAACAUGGUCAAGGGAUCCACAGGCCACCACAACAACCCCAUCGGUUCAGUUCCGUUCGAAGCGUUUCAUAACGGAUCAUGGCAUGGAGUGAAUUCUAUAAGGAUACGGGAUGGUGCUUUGCUUGUAAAAUUUGUCUCCUCUGGAUCCACAGUUCAGCAUGACAUUGAUGGGUCCUAUCUGCGCAUACGUUCUAGAAAGGCAACUUGCUCUGAUUGCUCACAUGUUCUCAAGCCGGGCGCUGAUGUCUGCGUAUGGCAAGCCACUUACGGAGGAGAAACAAAAGAUUCGGUACCGUUGUGUCGUGAUGCAAGGCUCAUCAAAAUCAAGAGAAAUCAUCAAUUGGAUCGGUGCCUCUGCUUGUUUGCCGUUAUUUUCUAUAAAGACCAGUGCCCGGGCAGCAAAGAAAAAGUGAUAUCUGGUACAAUAGCUGACGUAGUGACGAUAGACGAUGUUUGCAUCUUGCAAAAUCUCCAAUCUGAGGAGCUCCAGGAUGGAAGCGUGCAAUGGAAUUCUGCAGUGGACUGCUUCCAUCAUAAUAGAAGUAAGCUGCUGAGUGCUAGAUUCUCCCUAGAAGUCGCAUACCUGAUAGUUUUGUCUAGCCUGAGGGGAAUGGAAUUCAGCAUCAAGCUGGUUGAUGGCAAUAUCAUUUAUCAGAUCAUCAAAGGAGACCAAGCACGGUAUAGUAUUGAUUCCAUGAGCAUACCUCCAGGUUUUGGGAAGAGCAUGGACAUAAUAUCAUUCAAACCACGUGCUGAGGCUUUACGCCCAAUUAUCAGAACAGUUCUAAUCACUCAGGUUAAAGAAGACAAUCUCAUAGAAGAUGGGUGUACCGCAGUGAAGCACGAAUCUGAUAGUGCACAAGAUGUUGAAGUCUUGUAUGAGCAUGUGGACAUAAGACGCUCAAAGCGUAUGAAAACUCAACCAGACCGCUUUACUAGUUAUGAUGCACCUAAUUUCAAUCGGACCUACAACAAGAAAGAAGCAUAUGGACCAUCUAAUAAGAAUGAAAAUUCAGAGAGCGACUUGAGUUUUUAUUCAUCAGAGCAGACAGAAUCAAGUGAUGAAGAGGUCUUAGGAAAUCCUGGGGUGAAGAAAAAAGUUUCCAGGUCUUUCGUGGUCAAGGAAGACCCAAGGUCUAUGAAAGGCCAACACAAAUACCCAGUGAAAAGAAAUCAGUGCUCUUUGCCUAUAAAAGAAAACCAAACCUCCAUGGAAACAAAGAAGAACGCAACAGACCAAGGGUGUUCAGAUUCUCAUAUUCCACAUACGCCUGCAAAGAAUAUAGAGAAGUGCAAUCGUCCAACAUUUCGACUAAAGUCAUUUGCUUCCUCUCGAAGCCUAGAUGGCAAUAGUGAACCAGCAUUCUGCCAAAAGAGGGGUAGGAAAAGAAAGAAAGGCAUGUGCCAAAGAGAGUACAAGCGAAUGAUAGAACAAUGCAUUGGAAAUAUCCAGUGUGAAGUGGAGAGAGAUUCUGACUUUAAGAUUGAUGCCCAGAUAUUGAAUGGCUGUGGACAUGCUUACCAAGAAGAGGAUUUUAUGUGGCCAUCUUCCGCUGAUAGUCAAGAGGAGAAGGAUGAGCUUCAAGAAUUGUGGAAAGAAAUGGACUAUGCACUGGCCACAGUAGCAAUUGAUGAGCAAAAGCAGACAACAGAUUCAGAAGCCGAUCAUGAGAGCAAUACUGAUUUAGGAAAAAGAGGAGAACACUGUCAUCAUGACUGCAUGCUGGACGAACAGCUUGGUCUGACCUGCAGACUGUGCAAUGUUGUAUGCACUGAGGCAAAGGAUAUCUUUCCACCGAUGUUUACUGGUAAGGACCACAAGAGGCUUGAACAGAGCCAUUUUGGUCAGGAUGAUCAUGUACUUGAUCUUUCUUUUUUUGAGAUUUGUGCUCCAGAAUCCUCCAAAAGUAAGGAAUCUGGGAAUGUGUGGUCUUCAAUCCCUGUUCUGGAACCAAAGCUACUUGCUCAUCAAAGAAAAGCCUUCGAAUUUAUAUGGAAAAACUUGGCAGGAUCAUUACAGCUUGAAGAAAUGGAUGAUUCAACGAGUAGAGGUGGUUGUGUGGUUGCACAUACUCCAGGAGCGGGUAAAACUCUGUUGCUGAUUUCAUUUCUUGUCAGUUACUUGAAAGUUCACCCAAGAAGCCGACCAUUGGUCCUUACUCCAAAAGCCGCAAUCCAUACAUGGAGGAGAGAGUUUCAGAAAUGGGGCAUUUUGCUUCCGUUACAUGUGCUUCACCACUCUAACAGGACAAGCAAACUGAUGAGGGGUCUUAGUUCGAAACUGCAGGUGGUUUUAAAGAAUUUUCACCAACCAACAUGGAAAACAAUGCGCAUCAUGGAUUGUCUAGACAAAUUAUGCAAGUGGCAUGAGGAACCAAGCAUUCUUCUCAUGACAUAUUCUUCUUUCUUAUCGCUUACGAAAGAAGACUCAAAGUUGCAUCAUCAGGAGUUCAUAACGAAAGUUUUGAUGAACAACCCUGGGCUAUUGAUUCUUGAUGAAGGGCACAACCCAAGAAGCAACAAAUCAAAGUUGAGAAAGUUGCUGAUGAAGGUGAAGACUGAAUUCAGAAUACUCUUGUCUGGUACAGUCUUUCAGAACAACUUUGAAGAGUAUUUCAACACCUUAUCUUUGGCCAGACCUCGUUUUGUCAACGAUGUUAUGACCACGCUAGUUCCAGAAUCAGAAAAGAAAACACGGAGCAGAACUGGCAAACAUCAAGAAGCACUGGCAAGGCGUAUUUUUGUGGAAAGAGUGGGGCAGAAGAUCGAGUCUAGCAGCAAACAUGACAGAAUGGAUGGCAUCUCCUUGUUAAAUGAUCUUACUCAUGGAUUCAUCGAUUCAUUUGAAGGGACAAAACUGAACAUUCUUCCAGGUAUACAUGUGUAUACCCUUUUCAUGAAACCCACUGACGUCCAGGAAGAGGUCCUGGCGAAACUGUCAAUGCCCUUGGCAGACAAUGCGCGUUACCUUCUCGAGAUUGAGUUGCUCAUCACAAUUGCUUCUAUCCAUCCUUGGCUUAUAAACACAACCAGGUGUGCUAGCACUUACUUCACACCAGCAGAAGUAGCUAGAGUUGGGAAGUACAAGCGGAACUUUGCUGUUGGUUGCAAGGCAAAGUUUGUGAUUGAUCUUUUGCACAAGUCCUCAUUCAGAGGGGAGAGGGUCCUGAUAUUUUGCCACAACGUGGCCCCAAUAACCUUUCUUGUCAAGCUGAUAGAGAUAGUCUUUGGAUGGCGUCUUGGGCAGGAAGUCCUGGUGCUGCAAGGAGAUCAAGAACUGCCUGUGCGGUCAGAUGUCAUGGAUAAAUUCAACAGUGACAGAGAAGGGAAGAGGAAGGUGCUGAUUGCUUCAACAACAGCCUGUGCCGAGGGUAUCAGUUUGACCGGUGCAUCGAGAUUGGUGAUGCUGGAUUCGGAGUGGAACCAUUCGAAGACCAGGCAGGCAAUCGCAAGGGCAUUCCGACCUGGCCAGGAGAGAAUGGUGUUUGUCUACCUUCUUGUGGCGUCUGGGACAUGGGAGGAAGAUAAAUACAACAGUAACAGGAGGAAAGCUUGGAUCGCGAAAAUGGUCUUCUUUGGGCGUUAUUUCGAUGACCCAAUGCAAAACCGUGUGACUGAAAUCGAUGAUGAGGUUCUGAAGGAGCUUGCUGAUGAAGAUGAGACCAAUACUUUCCAUAUGAUAGUGAAGCAGGACUGAAAAAGAAAUGGUAGAAUAUUAUUCAGAAUAUCUGUUCCCCUGUCCUGGAGUACAUGGUUACGAGUAUGUGUCCUAUAAUAUAUUAUCGUUCCUCCCAUGCUUUGCAUUUGACCUGCUAUGCUAUGGAAAAGACCACCUUUGUAAUUGUAGUCUGGUGGUUUUAGCUGGGAAAAAGAAAUAUAGGGAUCUCUUUCAUUAAGACUUUGAAAAAUCUUGAGAUCUCCUCAUGCUUUUGUACUGUAUUAGUCCUAACAAAGAUGCACUUGCCUGCUACUAGACUUGCAUUAUUACUACUUGAUUAUCA